AUGGAUUUAGUCAAUAAUUACGGCUCAAGUGACGAAGAAGACAAUCUGCAGACCUCGAAUGUAAAUACCGGCUCUCUAGUCGCCAAGAUCAACGCAGCUCCAGAGACAGGUUUUGACGAUCAUAGUUCAGGCAACUUGUACACUGCACCUACAGCAACAGAAUUGAUUGUCAACGUGCCCUACGACGACAUGAAUCGACCUACAUUGGGACCCGAGAAUCCCUUUACAGACCGUCGUUUAGCAACACAAAACGUGAUCAAUGGACAUGUCGAGACGCAGGCUAUAUCUGAGAUGGACUUUAGAACACAACAUCGUACCUUUGAAACAUAUGGAUAUGCGCGUGAUCCAUCGCUCAGCACAGCUACCAACCUUGCUGGUCAAACAGGCCAAGGUUUAAUGGGCACUGGAUAUGUUGGUAAUCUUGCCGUGGCAGCAGAAUUGGGUGGAGCAUCCAUAUUGGACAGAGUGAAUCGUGACCUAAGACCCAAUAAGGACGCAAAGAAGAAACGUGAAAAGAAGGGUAAGUUGGACGAGGUAGAUGGUCCCAACGCGUAUAAGGGGCCUUGGGCUGGCUACGAGGAUGACAAUGUGGGCAUUCCUACUGGCUUGGAUGAGGAGCAGAUCGAGGAAGUGCAAGCGAUGCAAGCACCAGCAAAAACAGCAUUCUCUGUUAAAAAUGUGGCUCAGGAAACAAACACAGAAAGCACUAUUUUCCAUGGUGCGUCAGAGCGUGAUUAUCUGGGUCGAACAUACAUGGCAGUGCCUCAAGACAUCGACACUAAUCUGUUUGGCGAGCCUGGUUCUCAAGAGUGUUUUGUCCCUAAAAAGCUGAUUCACACCUGGGAAGGUCAUGAAAAGGGCGUCUCUUCCAUCAAAUUCUUUCCCAAAUCAGCUCACCUCUUGCUGAGUGGUGGCAUGGACAAUCAAAUCAAGAUCUGGGAUGUGUAUCAUGACAAGAGCCUUUUGCGCUCAUACCACGGCCACACAAAAGCAGUUCGAGACAUUGCAUUUAACAAUGACGGCACCAAAUUCCUAAGUGCAAGCUACGACCGCAAUGUCAAGCUAUGGGACACGGAAACUGGACAGUGUAUUCGCACCUUCUCGACCGGCAGACUGCCUUACUGCGUUACCUUCAACCCAGAUCAAGACAAGAACAACAUUUUCUUGGCUGGUUACUCUGACAAGAAGAUUGUCCAAUUCGACACCAACACGGGAGAGAUUACGCAGGAAUACGAUCAGCAUUUGGGUGCAGUCAACACAAUCACGUUUGUCGAUGACAACCGCCGUUUCAUCACUACAUCAGACGAUAAAACAAUGCGUGCAUGGGAGUACGAUAUUCCUGUUGUUAUCAAAUACAUUGCUGAGCCUGAUAUGUAUGCUAUUCCUGCUGUGACGCUAUCACCUAACAAAAAAUGGCUUGCCUGUCAGUCUUUGGAUAAUCAGAUUUUGAUCUACGGUGCUCGCGACAAGUUUAGAUUGAACAGAAAGAAACGAUUUGCUGGUCAUCUUAUUGCUGGUUACGCUUGUAAACCUGGAUUUUCGCCUGAUGGUAGGUUCAUCAGCAGUGGCGACUCAAACGGUAACGUCUGGUUCUGGGAUUGGAAGACAUGCAAAAUCUUGAAGAAGCUCAAGGCACACAACAAGGUCGUCAUGUGCACCGAAUGGAAUCCUCACGAGUCAUCGAAAUUAGCAACAUGUAGUUGGGACGGUUUGAUCAAGUAUUGGGAUUAA